CAAACAGAACCCAGGAAAACAAAGAGAGGUCCGCUUAAACAAACAAAACGAAAUAUGUGCAGUAAAGGAAAAUGUUUUAUUAGAAGUACUUCAACAAGAAAUCUUGAAAAGGUUCAAGCAAAGCAAGCAAUCUGGAGCAGUCGCAUAUAAAGCCAUAAAGUCAUCCAUCACUCCCAGUAAGCCGUGCCUCAGAUCCCAGUAAACAAAUAAACCAGAGUCCAGGGAACCAUCACCAAAGGAAAUGAGUCGCGAGAAACAAAUCAGUGCUGUUUGCAUUGGAACAAGUUGUAACAGGUACAAGAUAAGUUUAUGUGAACUCAGAGAAAGUGUGUAAACAUAAAUACAUUAAAUAUUAGAUCCACAGUGUAUGUUAAAUGUCAUUUAUGGGAGACCCCUGAUGGUUCAGUGGCCUGGUUUGCUGGUGUCUUGCGCAUGUGACAUGUGAAAAGGUUUAAUGUGUGUGAAUAUUUUUUUCUAGGCUCUGUUAGCAGGGCUUCCUAAAGCCACUCAGGCAAAGCAGAGGAUUUGUUGGCCAGGUUAAUCUGCAUAUCGAGUAAGAGUUGGAGCAGUGCUGUGAUUGGUCGGUGUACUCACAGAAAACAAACUUCACCUCAAUGAUUCAAAGCUCUCCAACUACUGCUGCAGCCUGAGGCAGAGACAUUAUGAGGACCAUCUUGAUCGUUGUAUCAUUGAUGCCUGUCCUGUACUUUGCCUGUGGGCAGCAUUUGGGCCUCAGAGAAGGAACGUUUACAUUUUAUGAAAUACAGAAACCCUGGAGCGAAACCCAGGCCUCCUGCAGGGAGCAUCACACUGACCUGAUCACUAUCAGGACAGAAACAGACGUUCAGAUGCUGAACGGUACCAGGGGCUGGAUUGGACUGCACCGAGACAACAGCACGAGCAAGUGGAAAUGGUCCAGAAGAAACGAGACAGCAACCUUCUUCAACUGGGAUGUAAACGAACCGUCACAAAAUGAGCACUGUGUCUUCCAGCGGSCGCUCACUAAAAAGUGGUCAAGUGUUCCUUGUAACGCAACACGUGUCUUCAUUUGCCACGAUGACGGGCUGGUUCUGGUGAAGGAGAAUAAGACGUGGGAGGAGGCGUUGGAGCACUGCAGGACUCUGAACAAAGUCAACAGCUACGACCUGGCAACCCUCUCCACAGACGACGACCACGACUUUGCACAAGAGACAAUCCAACUGGCAACCACUGAGGAGGUGUGGACGGGCCUGCGUUACCUUGGUGAUGAGUGGUACUGGGUGGGCGGAGAACCGGUGCAGUACCAGGACAUUCCAAGCUGCCCGGGUGAGAGAUGUGGAGUCCUGGAGAAGAACAGCAACUCAUCCUUCAGCAUCAGAGACUGCAAUGAGAGAAGGAACUUCUUCUGUUACAUAAAACCUUAA